AUGAAGAUCACUCGGGUGCUUCUCGUGUCUCUGCUUUUGGGCCUUCUCCUCGCCACCAGUGCGCUUGGAAAGAAGGACGGUGGUAACGGCGGCGGCAAAGGCGGCGGCAACGGCGGCGGAAAUGGCGGCGGCGGCGGAAAAGGCGGCGGAAAGGGAGGAGGGUGGAAGGGGCCAAGAUUCGGAAAGAAGGGGAAAGGCAAGAUUGCGGGAGCGGCAUCAGCGACGCUUCGCGGAGGACAGGCGGUGGACGCUAGCGGGAACUCGAUCGGUGAUAAGGACGCCACAGGGGUCAUCGAUCUCGUGCUCGUCCGGAACGACACCGUCUACGACCUGUACUUCCAAGUCGGCAUCGCGCUGACGGAUUCUGGCGAGCCGACGUCCGUCACCGUCAACGAAGGCGCCGAAGGAACGAACGGAAACGUGGUCAUGGACUUAACGGCAGACAUCACGUGGACGGACACCACGGGGAAGGCCGUGGCGGGUCAUCGUUACGGUAAAAAGAAGAAGGGUCGCGGUUGUGGGGGAGGCUUUUUUGGCGGCGGCAAAGACAACUCCCUCGGCGAUUUGAACUCGUAUUACUCUAGGGGAGUGAUUCGCGACGCGUCGUCGCGCACUAAUGACCAGGGCGACACGUACUUAGUGGCCAUGCAGAACCUUCUGGACUCGCCCGACUCGUACUACGGGCUCGUUAAGACUGCCGCGUAUACCGAGGGCGCGGCACGAGGGCAGUUCGUCAAGGGGCCUAAGGGAUGGGGCGUGUGGCGGAACCGGGGGUUCUGCUUCAAUUGUGUCUGA